UCCACACCCAACCCACACAAGAACCCUAGACACCAAACCAGCUUUCCUUACUCUCGAAUCUCGAUCAGCAUGGCCAAGGCAAACCCUUCAUAUUACCAAACCACCGCUGCGGUUAGCGCACCGGUCCAGUACCAGGAGCAUCUCUUCCACCUGUUUGUGCAGCAGCAGCUCGAAGCAACAAAUGGUGCUAACCAGCUCAUUACAGUGAACCCAAAGCUUCCCCAAGGGUUCGGUGUCACCGUUGCUACUGACUGGGACAUCCGUGAUGGUCCUGAAAUCACGGCAAAAGUUGUUGCGCGUGCACAAGGCCUGCAUCAAGGGUCCGGCAAGAGCAGCGGAGCCUGGUUUAUGUCGUUCAACACAGUGUUCACCGAUGAGAGGUUUAAGGGGUCCUCCCUCAGUGUGCAAGGACAUUUGGUUUCCGACGAAGGCGAAUGGGUAGUUACGGGUGGAACUGGCGAGUUCGCUUUUGCACAAGGUGUUGUCACCUACAAGAAAAUCAAGGAAUUGGCAGGUGGAAACAUCAGAGAGCUUCGUUUCCGUGUUGUGUGCUUCAACUUCCCAAAGCCGAACACCCUGACAAAGGUUGGGCCGUGGGGUGGGAAUGGAGGGACACCAUUUGAAAUCCCACAGGCAGAGCUACCUCAGCGUCUAGAAAGUGUCACAAUUCAGAGUGCCGAAGUUAUUGAUUCCAUUGCCUUCACCUACAUCGGCCUAGACGGCGCAAGGCGGACAGUCGGUCCAUUUGGUGGCGGCGGCGGGACUAAGCAGCCGAUCCUGCAGCUUGGUCCUUCGGAGAGCCUGAAGGAAAUAUUUGGCACAACCGGUAACUUUCUAGGAUUGAAUAUUGUCACAUCACUUUCCAUUGUCACCAAUGUUAAGACAUAUGGACCAUUCGGAAAACAAUCCGCGGGUAAUACCCCUUUCCGUACCACUGCGCCAGACCGUCACAGCAUUGUGGGCUUCUUCGGGCGGGCUGGCCAAUUUGUUGACCAGCUUGGAGCUUAUGUGCGCCCAACCCCAAAUUAGUAGAAGCAAGUGUUUCUUAAGAAGACCUAGUGCUUUACCCGUCAUCUUUCCGCUUCUCAGUGUUCCAGCAAUAAGAAGGGCGGCAUAUAUAUGCUGUCCUAGUCUCAUGUACUACUUGCUUUCAUUUUUAUCUUCUAUGCCUUUUGGCUAUCGGCUCGGUGUGGCCUUAGAAAUAAAGUUCUUAUUAAUAAGAGUGUUGAAUGUAAUCUUAUCCCUGCGUCAUGUUCAAUAUAUGUGCUAAUGAAUAUAGCUUAUUGAUAAGAGUGUUGAAUGUAA